ACAAUCUGUAGUUUUUAGUAUUGAUCUCACGCACCACUAUUUCUAUUGCAGUUUAUGAACUACAGGGAGUCCUCUUUUAUUAUGCUAAAAGCUGUUGUUCAAAGACUUGAAGGUCGCUUCAAAAUCAAGCGGAACUUUGCUCCAUGUGAAUUGCAUUGGCAAGCGAUUGCGUGUAAACAAACAACGUCAUUAGCGCUAGAUUUCAAACUCAGCAAAGAGACGUGAAGAAUUCAGCCAUUGCGGAUCUUUUAAUAAACUUCUCCACAGCGAGACACUUGCUGUAGUCAGACUUGUAAAAUAAACGCAGCUGAUGGCUGAGAGGGGGAAAGAGGCGCCCAACCCAAUUCUUUUGUGCUGCGAAGCGCCUUGUGAUUUCAUUGAGAUUUUCCCGGGCUGGUAGACGCAUACUAUAAUGGACUCUCUCGCAUUGUAUCUCCCCGUGACUCGUUUUCGGCUGGUUAAAACGGAUAAAACGGUCUCUAGUUGUCUGUUGUUUUGACCCUUGGGAAUUGGCAGGGCAUUUCUCUCUGAUCAUCAGGACAGGUCCCAAUGAAAAUGCACGGGAGAAACAGGUACAACCUGGUGGACGAUGUUGCAGAUUCACGGGUCCCGCUUCAUAACGAAGAAGCGUAUCAACACGGAAUACACUUCCAAGCCAAGUAUGUGGGCAGUCUGGAUGUCCCGAGACCCAACAGUCGCAUGGAGAUCGUCGCUGCUAUGAGAAGAAUCAGGUACGAGUUCAAGGCUAAAAGCAUCAAAAAGAAGAAAGUGAGCCUGGUGGUUUCAGUAGAUGGAGUCAAAGUGAUCCUACGCAAGAAGCCCAAGGCAUAGGAAAGAGUGGACGUGGGAUGAGAGUAAGAUGCUGGUUAUGCACGACCCCAUAUACAGGAUCUUCUAUGUAUCCCAUGAUUCCCAGGAUCUGAAGAUUUUUAGCUAUAUUGCACGUGAUGGAUCCAGCAACUCAUUCAGAUGCAAUGUGUUUAAGUCCAAAAAGAAGAGUCAGGCCAUGCGGAUAGUGCGGACAGUCGGCCAGGCAUUUGAGGUGUGCCAUAAGCUGAGUCUGCAGCAUGCUGAGCAGAAUACAGAUGAGCAGCUAGACGGCCCUGCAGACGGCCAAAGCGAUCAGUCUGGAGAAGAGCCCAGCACUGAAGGUCGACAGAUAACAGGAAUGGAACGUGAUGAUGUAACAGAGUCGCAGUCCACGAAGCUCAGCGAGCAAGCUAUGGAUGACAUUCUUCAGAGCCUGUCAGAGCUCAACGUUGUGAAAACUGGACAAACCCUCCAGUCUUUACAAGAUCUGGAGGGUGUCUCUCUCUACACAUUAUCUGACAGCAACUCGUGCUGUCCUACACUCACACCAUUGGCUACCCAGCACCACCUGCAGUUACUUCAACAGCAGUUGCUGCAGCAGCAACAGCAAACACAGAUCGCUGUAGCUCAGGUGCAGCUCCUGAAGGAUCAGCUGGCAGCAGAAACGGCCGCUCGCAUGGAGGCGCAGGCCAGAACUCACCAACUGCUCCUGCAGAACCGUGACUUACUGCAACACACAGCCCUGCUGAUGAAACACCUCAGCCAGCUGGAGAUCACAUUCAACAACACAACAAAGAAUGAAGAAUCACCACGGAAGAGUUUGCCCACACGUUCUUUCUCUCUUAAUCUCAAAAACAUCUACAGUCCUCGCUCAGAGCAGCCCAUCACUUCCACUCCAGCAGGACAGACAGUAAACCCACCUGCAUCCUCGUAUGCUGAGUCAUACCUCAAUCUGCUCAACCUCCGUGGUGUAGCUGCCAUCACAAGCAAUGGGAAGCCAGCGAAUGCAAAAAGCGAAGAGAGACUGGAAGCGGCAAGAAAAGAAGUUGCUAAGCUUGAGCCUCGAAAUUCAACAGCAUUUGAUGAGAGGUUUACGCAAAUCAUCCCUAAGCUGGACCCUCCUCCCCAGCCGCUCAACCGCAAGCGCUCAAACAGGACUCUCUCACCGGGUGUAGAGACCGAGUCAAUAUCUUCAACUGUGGCCACUCCAAUAAAUGGGAAUGCACUAAAUGUGAGCAGUAGCUCCUCCUUCCCUGACAUCACACUGUGCUCUGGCGACAGUGCAUUGUGUUCAGUUAGCGAAGAUUCGGGUGUACGCUCAAAUGAUAAAUCCCUGCAAUCCCGCCAGUCCAGAGAUGAUCCUUCUGAUGACCAGAGCUCUGUUUUAAUCUCUACAUCCAGCACCUGCAGCAGCCUCCCUGAGGAUCAUCUAUCUGCAGACGGUGUGACUCCACCUCAUUCUGCCACACCCAUCGGCUAUGAGGAAACAAUUCGGUUUUCUUCACCCUUAAAUGAAACCUGUCUUCAUAUCAGCCUGAGUGAAGAUGAGCUUUUGGAGGACUCCACCUAUAACACCACCGCCCCAUGCAGGAGUUAGAGAAACUCCAAGCAAACGUUUUGUUAUAGAAGCAUAGAGAAUAUUUCAUGACUGAAGCCUCUUCAUGGCCUGAUGUGAUAGAAGCCACAACCUCACACUGUUAAUAUAUAUAUAUAUAUAUAUAUAUAUAUAU